AUGAAGAUUUUAUUAUUUUUUAUUCUAUUAAUAUUGUUGGUAAAUUUCAAAGAAUGCAAUUCUCAAGAAUCAUCAUCAUCAUCAGACGAUCAAGGAGAUAACUCAUUUUGUAUUGGUAAAACUGCAUACGAAUGUAUGAGUUCAGGGGCAUGUUGUGUUUGGUGUGAAGGAUUAAUCAAUGGAACCACACCAUCACCAUCAGAAACACCAACACCAACACCAACACCAACACUAACUCCAACACCAACACCUUCUAACACUACCGGGUCCUGCCAUUUCAUUCCAGAGAUAACCACUUGUUCCGAUAUGAAAUUUGAAGUUUGUGCAAAUUAUAACAUAACUCAAUGUACAUGUAAUUUUAGAGGAAGUAAUUCAAUAUCAAAUUUCAAUUCCAUUCAUCUCAGUUAUUUAGUUUUUUUAAUUAUUUCAAUUUCAAUAUUUUUAAACCUUAUUUAA